AUGGCUGAAACAGAAAUAAUAUCUAAUAGUGAUAGUAACGAUCAAUUUUUUGAAGGUGUUGAAAAACUUAUAGAAAUAUGGUUCACGCCGGCUAAACAUGCAGACUUGAGGAAAAUUACUCGACAACAAUGGGAGAGCGUCCUCAAGAUCGUCCGAUGCGAGAUCAUUUCUUUCACGCAGAGCGAGCAAGUCGACGCAUAUGUGCUUAGCGAGAGCAGCAUGUUCGUGUCGCGGCGGCGCUGGAUCCUGAAGACGUGCGGCACGACGACGCCGCUGCGCUGCGUGCGCGCGCUGCUGGCGCUGGCGCGCGACGCGGCCGGCCACGCGCGCGUGCAGAACGUCUUCUACUCGCGCAGGCAGUUCGCCCGCCCGCACCGCCAGCUGCCGCCGCACGACCACUUCGACUCUGAGGUUGAACUUCUGGAUUCGUUCUUCGGCGACGGGCGCGCCUACAUCAUGGGACCGGAGGAGGACUGCUGGUAUCUGUACACGCUGCUGCCGCUGGAAGGUACAGUAGCGGCAUUAGAAAAGGAGCACCGUGAAGCCAGCUCUGGUUGUGAGGCUUCCGAGCCAGACCAGACCAUCGAGAUCCUGAUGUCGGAGCUGGACCCCGAAGUCAUGGACAUCUUCACCAGGGCGCACAGUGAGAACGCCGCACAAGCCACCAAGGAAUCUGGCAUCGAUGAGAUAAUUCCUGGGAUGUUGAUUGACGACUACCUGUUUGAUCCGUGCGGCUACUCCAUGAAUGGCGUGGCAAAAGAUGGCAGCUACAUGACGAUCCACAUCACGCCGGAGCGGUCGUGCUCGUACGUGUCGUUCGAGUCCAACGUGGCGGUGCGCGAGUACGACGCGCUGCUCGCGCGCGUGCUCGCCGCCUUCCGCCCGCAGCGCUUCGUGCUCACCGUCUUCGCCUCGCCGGACGCGCCGGGCGCCGCGGCGACCCGGCAGCUGAAGCAGUUCUCGGCGCUGUGCGGCUACGAGCAGAAGGAGGCGCAGUACUGCCGCUUCUCGGGCUACGAGCUGCACUACGCGCUGUACAACAAGUUCCCGAGCUGA